AGUCUGAGAAAUAAAAGAACAAUGACGAGUGUUACAUGGCAGUUAACCUAUUAUUUCGGAUACAGCCGAGCCAAAGCUCUUCUAGACUAUGGAUGUUUUUGUGGAUGGUCUGGUAGUGGUACACCAGUUGAUGGCAUUGAUCAAUGUUGCAAAGACCACGAUGAUUGCUAUGGUCAUGUGGAUGAAUGUUGGCCUAAAACGUGGCCAUACUCAUAUGAAUUUCAAAACAGAACAGUCAAAUGUCAAGAUAGUCCCAGUUCCUGUAAGGGGAGAAUAUGUAUGUGUGACAAAGUUUUUGUGGACUGUCUUCAUAACAACAAGUAUAAUCCGAACAAUUAUGAUAUAGACCAAUAUUUACAUUGUCAGGAUAGAUAA